CUUGGAGGCCAAGCCACAGCAGAGAGCUGCCCAGGAUGAAGGUCUUCCUCUUGCUCCUUCUCUCCCCGCUCCAAGGGGUGGGAGCCAGAAGCCGCCAGGAAGAGGACUUCCGCUUCUGCGGUGACCGAAACCAGACCCAAACCAGCUCUGUCAUCUACGAGCAUGGCCCUGCCACCAUCUCCAUCGAGAACACGGCCCAGGCGCUGAUAAUAAAAAGGCCCUUUUUGCCAAACAGGAGAGACUCUUACUACAAGUACAGCUUGCCCUCCACUUUGGGCAGGUACCGCUUUUGCGUCUACUGGUUCAAAGCCAACAGGACCCUCAGGCUGGUGUAUGGGAAGCAGAGCUUCCUCCUGGGUGGGGACCCCUCCGGCAGCAUCACCCAGGGGAAGGAGAGGCAGAAGACUGAGAAAAAUGGCACCUCCAUCUUCAACGUCUCCUACAUCGCAAAGGGCGGGAGGAACACCUCCCUUGACAGUGCAGCUGAAUACUUCUUCCCUGCCUCUCCAGAGAGCAUGCCCGUUUGGGAGCAAGACGUGGAGGAGCAGCUUGCCACCUUGGACAGCCUCAUUGCCCAGCCUCCAGUGCUGGCGGCAGGAGCCACAGAGCAGCGGAUGCUUCGGGGCAAACUCGGGGAGCUGGAGGAGAAGCUGGCCAAAGUGGAGCUCGAAGGGCAGAAUCAGACCUUUGGGAAGGCCACCGUGCAUGUGACCGUCCUGAGGGUCCAGCCCAUGCAGGCUCCUCGGCACCUGGCCUUUGCUUCCCAAAGAGAGGAGGGUGGAGAGGUCCAUGGGUUCACGGUGGACCUGCCAAGCAGCCUAUUUGUGAUGGUGAAGGAGAGGGAGGAGGUGGUGGAGCACAGGGUGCUCCUCAUGGACAUCAGCAGCCAGACCAUGUUCCAGGAUGAAAACAGCAGCCACGUCCUGGGUGACAAGGUGAUUGGCAUCUCCCUGGUGGACACGGUGGUGGCCAACCUCUCCGAUCCAGUGGUCCUCACUUUCUUCCACGACCAGCUGCCGAGGAAUGUGACCCCACUGUGCGUCUUCUGGCAGGAGGACACCACCGCCGGCUCGGGGAGCUGGGACAGCUACGGUUGCACGACAGCGACGGGUAGCCAUCAGACGGACUGCAGGUGUAACCACCUCACCUACUUUGCUGUGCUGAUGGUGUCCUCCCCAGAGAUCGCCUACAUGCACAGGGAUUACCUGAGUAUCAUAACCUACAUCGGCUGCCUGAUCUCAGCUUUGGCAUCCAUUUGCACCAUCUUCUUCCUCUACUUCAGAAGCAAGCAGCGAGACCAGAUCACGAGCAUGCACAUCCACAUGAACCUGCUGGGUGCCAUCUUCCUCCUGGACAUCACCUUCCUCAUCUCCGAGCACUUGGCUUCCAGCAGCAGCGAGGCAGUCUGCAGAGCUGGAGGGCUGUUCCUGCACUUCUCCCUCCUGAGCUGCCUCACCUGGAUGGGCAUUGAGGGCUACAACCUCUACCGGCUUGUGAUUGAAGUCUUCAAUGCCUACCAUGAUCGUUUCCUCCUCAAGCUCUGCCUGGUGGGCUGGGGACUGCCCUUCUUCUGCGUGACCCUGAUCUGCCUGGUGAGCUGGACAAACUAUGGCCCCUUCUCCAUUCCCGUCUACGAAUCUGUUGGCGGCAAAUCCACCAACGCAACCAUAUGCUGGAUCACAAGCCCCCUGAUCCAUAAUGUCGUGAACCUGGGUUUGUUCAGCCUGGUGUUCCUCUUUAACUCGGUCAUGCUGGGAGCCAUGGUCCGGGAGAUCCUCCGGCAGAACAAGAAAGGUCACAAGCUCAAACAUGUGCUAGCCCUCUUUGGGCUGAGCAUCUUGCUGGGCAUCCCCUGGGCACUGGUCUUCUUUUCCUUCACCUCCGGUGUCUUCCGCCUUGUCUCCCUCUACAUCUUCACCAUCGUCAACUCCCUCCAAGGUUUCCUCAUCUUCAUCUGGUACUGGACCAUGGUGCUGCAGGCAAGAAAGUCCCCUGACUUGCAGAGCAGCUCUGAUAGCGUCAAACUGCAGCCCAACAGCAGCCAGAGCCACCUCGGCUGAGCCCUGCGCCAGGCUCCCCACACAGAGGAUGGCUGCAGGAAGAACCAAGCCCUCUGCUUUGCUACUGCACCCACCUCCUAGGGCUGCUGGGAGCCCAAGGACCUGCAGUGGGGCUGGCUGCCCCUUGCCUCUGCAGUCCCCUUCCCCAAUUUUCCCACCUGCCGCAUCUCACUGGGCAGCAGUGCAUCCCUCGGCUUGGCAUCCGUGGGGGAAGAGGGAGGGAUGCUUACUCGGGCAAGGAGGGCUGUGGAAAGCAGAAGGGGCAGGGGCAGGGUCCCGGUGCCUCCGGAUGGCCCCUCCCGUGCCCUGCGGCCAGGGGCGAUGGGUGGGAUUGGUGGUGCCCCUGCUGGUGGUCGCCAGGAGGGGCCCUCCCCAGCGAAGUCAGGAUUAGCUCUGCCCCCGCAACAGCCUCUAGCCCCUGAAAUGAUCUAUUUUUGUUAUUUUGUUGAAUAUAUAUUUUUGGAUUGUUUGGAAGUUUCAGGAGCAUGCCUAUGCACCAGACUCGUGUCCAUUAAAGUAGUUCCUGCUUGG